CAGCCCAAAUUGUAUCGGACAGAGUCUCAGAAAGAUCGAAAGGAUUUGGAUUCGUGACCUUUGCUUCAGAAGAUGAAGCCCACAAAGCCUUGGAGAAGAUGAAUGGCAAGCCACUGAAUGGACGCGUUAUUUUUGUGGACUAUGCAAAGCCGAGAACCAAUUAUGGCAGUGGAAUGCCGAUUGCAAGAGGACCUCCUGAUUCGAUAAAAGACGGUUUAUCUACUUAUGCAAGGUCUUCUAUUCGCUGGGGCGCACUUGCAGGAAGGAUUAAAUGCGGGGAAAAUCAAAUUCAUUUUGUUAAUCUAUGCAUGGACCACUACUGUAACCCGUUCUCAACCGAUGAACUUCAAACUAUGGUGCGUAUCGCGUCAUUUUGCCUUCCUCCCUAUUUAUUCAGCUAUUACAUAUCCAAUUGUAUUGAUUCCUGCUACAUUAUAAUAGAAAUGUGAAGUACAAAGUCAAU